AUGAGGCAGGUCUGUCUCACACGCCUUGAGGCAGGUCUGUCUCACACGCCUCUCCACGCCCUGCUCCCUCAACGCAAGCGCUUGUCUGCCCUGCACUGCUUCAAGGCCCCUCAACACUCUGCUUCUACCUCUUCUCUCCUUCACUCACCCACUCAACAUGUGUCAGCCUGUCAGGCUGUCAGUGCACUGCUGGACGAAGUGGGUCUUUCCAACGCGCCUCUCCAUGCGCUGCUACCCCAUUUGUCCCGUAACCCCCUCUCCCUUUUCCCCUUACCCCUCCCAGAUUCUGCCAGGCCGUCAUGCCAGGCCGUGAGUGCAUUACUGGACGAAGUGGGUCUCUCCAACGCGCCUCUCCACGCCCUGCUGCCCCAGCGCAAGCGCUCAGCCGCUCUGCACAGCUUCAAGGCGUCCCAAGUGCCCAUCCUGGUGGCCACAGACGUCGCCAGCAGAGGGCUGGAUAUCCCCACUGUCGACCUGGUGAUCAACUACGACAUCCCCAGUAUCGUGGUGGCCACAGACGUCGCCAGCAGAGGGCUGGACAUUCCCACUGUUGAUCUGGACAUUCCCACUGUUGAUCUGGACAUUCCCACUGUUGAUCUGGACAUUCCCACUGUUGAUCUGGACAUUCCCACUGUUGAUCUGGACAUUCCCACUGUUGAUCUGGACAUUCCCACUGUUGAUCUGGACAUUCCCACUGUUGAUCUGGACAUUCCCACUGUUGAUCUGGACAUUCCCACUGUUGAUCUGGACAUUCCCACUGUUGAUCUGGACAUUCCCACUGUUGAUCUGGACAUUCCCACUGUUGAUCUGGACAUUCCCACUGUUGAUCUGGACAUUCCCACUGUUGAUCUGGACAUUCCCACUGUUGAUCUGGACAUUCCCACUGUUGAUCUGGACAUUCCCACUGUUGAUCUGGACAUUCCCACUGUUGAUCUGGACAUUCCCACUGUUGAUCUGGACAUUCCCACUGUUGAUCUGGACAUUCCCACUGUUGAUCUGGACAUUCCCACUGUUGAUCUGGACAUUCCCACUGUUGAUCUGGACAUUCCCACUGUUGAUCUGGACAUUCCCACUGUUGAUCUGGACAUUCCCACUGUUGAUCUGGACAUUCCCACUGUUGAUCUGGACAUUCCCACUGUUGAUCUGGACAUUCCCACUGUUGAUCUGGACAUUCCCACUGUUGAUCUGGACAUUCCCACUGUUGAUCUGGACAUUCCCACUGUUGAUCUGGACAUUCCCACUGUUGAUCUGGACAUUCCCACUGUUGAUCUGGACAUUCCCACUGUUGAUCUGGACACUCCCACUGUUGAUCUGGACAUUCCCACUGUUGAUCUGGACAUUCCCACUGUUGAUCUGGACACUCCCACUGUUGAUCUGGACAUUCCCACUGUUGAUCUGGACAUUCCCACUGUUGAUCUGGACAUUCCCACUGUUGAUCUGGACAUUCCCACUGUUGAUCUGGACAUUCCCACUGUUGAUCUGGACAUUCCCACUGUUGAUCUGGACAUUCCCACUGUUGAUCUGGACAUUCCCACUGUUGAUCUGGACAUUCCCACUGUUGAUCUGUACAUUCCCACUGUUGAUCUGGACAUUCCCACUGUUGAUCUGGACAUUCCCACUGUUGAUCUGGACAUUCCCACUGUUGAUCUGGACAUUCCCACUGUUGAUCUGAACAUUCCCACUGUUGAUCUGGACAUUCCCACUGUUGAUCUGGACAUUCCCACUGUUGAUCUGGACAUUCCCACUGUUGAUCUGUACAUUCCCACUGUUGAUCUGGACAUUCCCACUGUUGAUCUGGACAUUCCCACUGUUGAUCUGGACAUUCCCACUGUUGAUCUGUACAUUCCCACUGUUGAUCUGGACAUUCCCACUGUUGAUCUGGACAUUCCCACUGUUGAUCUGGACAUUCCCACUGUUGAUCUGUACAUUCCCACUGUUGAUCUGGACAUUCCCACUGUUGAUCUGGACAUUCCCACUGUUGAUCUGGACAUUCCCACUGUUGAUCUGGACACUCCCACUGUUGAUCUGGACAUUCCCACUGUUGAUCUGGACAUUCCCACUGUUGAUCUGGACAUUCCCACUGUUGAUCUGGACAUUCCCACUGUUGAUCUGUACAUUCCCACUGUUGAUCUGGACAUUCCCACUGUUGAUCUGGACAUUCCCACUGUUGAUCUGGACAUUCCCACUGUUGAUCUGUACAUUCCCACUGUUGAUCUGGACAUUCCCACUGUUGAUCUGGACAUUCCCACUGUUGAUCUGGACAUUCCCACUGUUGAUCUGGACAUUCCCACUGUUGAUCUGGACAUUCCCACUGUUGAUCUGGACAUUCCCACUGUUGAUCUGGACAUUCCCACUGUUGAUCUGGACAUUCCCACUGUUGAUCUGGACAUUCCCACUGUUGAUCUGGACAUUCCCACUGUUGAUCUGGACAUUCCCACUGUUGAUCUGAACAUUCCCACUGUUGAUCUGGACAUUCCCACUGUUGAUCUGGACAUUCCCACUGUUGAUCUGAACAUUCCCACUGUUGAUCUGGACAUUCCCACUGUUGAUCUGGACAUUCCCACUGUUGAUCUGAACAUUCCCACUGUUGAUCUGGACAUUCCCACUGUUGAUCUGGACAUUCCCACUGUUGAUCUGGACAUUCCCACUGUUGAUCUGGACAUUCCGACAGUGGAUUUAGUGAUAAACUACGACAUCCCCAGGUUCACGCGGGACUGUGUGCACCGGGUGGGGCGAACAGCCCGAGCAGGGAGUGCCUUUUUAGGGUUCACGCGGGACUAUGUGCACCGGGUGGGACGAACAGCCCGAGCAGGGAGGGGCGGACGAGCCAUCAGCCUGGUGACUCAGUACGACGUGCAUCUGGUGCACAGCAUUGAGAAGCUCAUUGGUCGACAGCUGGCGGAGUGCACUGAUGUGACUGAAGGCGAUGUGCUUAAAUGCAUCAGCAAGGUGUUCAAGGCGAGGAGAGCAGCAAUACUGAAGGUCUCAGAGAGUGGGUUUGAGGAACGGGCGAAGCAGAGGGCAGAGCAGAAGAGGAAGAUUCGGGAGGAGCGAAGAGAACGAGAGGGGGGUGAGAAAGGGAAGAAAGGCAAGUGA